UCAUGCAACCUUGUAGCAGAGAAAUGCAAAGCCUCAACUCCCUCUUCAACAAUCAGCAGCAGAUCCAAAUGGACCCUGCUACUUCUCAAGAAGACGAUUUCAUCAAGCAGAUGCUUUCUACUAUCCCUCCUCCACCACCUCCUUCAUGGAACCUUGACCAUACUCCUCCUAACCCUAAGCCUUACUGGCUUGACAACGACAAUGUCGCUUUCCCUAACUACGACGAUCCUUCCACUCUCGCUUCCAAGUUCCGUAACCACCAGAUCACCGCUAAUUCCUCCUCCAAGGCCGCCGCCGCCGCUCUCUUGCUCCAACAGCAGCUUCUCAUGACCAGAGGCCUCUCCGGUGCUGAUUCCGCCAUCCUUCAUCACAUGUUUGACUCUUCCCAAAACGACGUCGUCGACGCCUCCUCCUCCUCCUUCAAAUCUCCCAAUCCAACCUCUGCCGACGGUUCCGUUCAAGCUCUGUACGACGGUUUCACCGGAUCUCUCCAGGGCGCUGCUCUAGCAUCCAAUCAGACUCACCAUUUUCAGCAUCCACAGGUUCAGACAAGUUCAAAUCCGAAUCAGAUGCAGGGGCAGGGGCAGGGAACGAGCCAAGGUGGGAACCCGAACCCGAACCCGAACCCGGGUCAGCCGAAACAGAGGGUUAGGGCGAGGAGAGGUCAAGCCACGGACCCACACAGCAUCGCUGAGAGGUUGCGAAGGGAAAGGAUCGCGGAGAGAAUGAAGGCCUUGCAGGAAUUGGUUCCCAACGCCAACAAGACAGACAAGGCCUCCAUGCUAGAUGAGAUCAUCGACUAUGUGAAAUUCCUACAGCUCCAAGUCAAGGUUCUUAGCAUGAGCAGAUUGGGAGGUGCAGCUGCUGUUGCUCCGCUUGUUGCUGAUAUAAACUCUGAGGGAGGCGGUGACUGCGUCCAAACCAACGGCAACCAAACGGCAGGGGCUUCAUCCUCCAACGACAGCCUCACCAUGACGGAGCAACAGGUGGCUAAGCUCAUGGAGGAGGACAUGGGUUCCGCCAUGCAGUACCUCCAGGGUAAGGGCCUCUGCCUCAUGCCAAUCUCCCUAGCCACCGCCAUCUCCACCGCCACUGCCACGUGUCACCCCAGGAACCCCAUCAUGAACCCCACUGAUGGACCCUCCUCUCCCGGCAUGUCUGUCCUCACGGUGCAGUCUGCUAACGGCGACGCCGUCAAGGACGCCACCUCCGUUUCCAAGCCCUAAUGACGCCGCUUAGCUGACUUUGUUUUCUUCCGACACAAAACGACAAGAAUUUUCUGAAGUCUAGGAAAAUAAAGCUACUAACUCUCAAGUUUCAACCACCCAUUUCCCAUCCCCACACCCUACCUAGACCACAGUCCUUUUCCUUUCUUUUUUUCCCUCCUUUUUUAACAGUACUUUCUUCAGAAAAGAAUUAUAGUUCAUGUUUUGUUUUCUUCCCCACUUUUACCCUUCGCACUAUAAGUGGGUCUGUCAUGUACUAGCGUUUAUUUAUUUAAUUUUAUGUGUUCAUCAAUCAUCAGUCAAUACCUUUAUAAAGCUAUUAUUACAUUAAUUUUA